CUACCGAACCCGCCGGAAAACACGCGAAAACCCCACCACACCAGAUAGAGCAGAAACCAGAAACAAUCCCCGGAAAGACGAAGCGCCGAGAUCGAGGGCGAUGGUGGUGCGCCGGCUGGGCGGCGAGGGGUGCGCGCUGCUCACGCUCCCCAACAUCCGGAGGCGGGCGUCCAACUCCUGGGCCGCCGUCCGCGACACCUUCUUCUCCACCAAGGACGUUCGAGUAGUACCUUUCCUCGCCCCGCGAUGGAUCUAGCAACUGCACGGCGCCCAUCGCAUCGGAAGUGCAAGCGCAAGCGCCGCUACAUUGGGCAACAAGGGACGGCCUCCGUCGGCGACGACGACGCCGCGAUGGCCAUGUCCAGGUUCCUCGAGUCCGGAGGCGGCGUCCGCGCCCUCGUCGAGUCAGGCGUCACCACGGUGCCGCCAUUGUUCGUGGCGCCCGUCGCGCCAGUGUCGUCGGCGGCCGUGAACUUCGUCGUUCCAUCCGUCGAUCUCUCCCUCCCGCGCUCGGACGCCGUCGCGCUCGUCCGCGCCGCGGCGCGCUCGAGCGGCAUCUUCCAGCUCACCAACCACGGCGUCCCGGCCGCCACCAUGGACUCCGCGCUCUCCGUGGUCAGGGCCUUCAACGAGCAGCCCUUGGCGGCGCGCUCGCCGUUCUACUCCGUCUCGCCCGUCGGGGCCGUCUCCUACGGCACCCAUCCAAUCCCGCGGCCCACGGAUGGCCAGCCUGUGACCGCUCCCCUCCUGCCAUGGCGCGACUCGCUACUCCUCCGCUUCGACAAACUAAGAGAUCCCGAUCUCCGCAACCUCCCCGCAGCGUGCCGGGACUCUCUGCUGGAGUACCAUCGGGCGCUGACGAGGCUCGGGAAGGAGAUCGCCGGCCUGCUCUCGGAGGGGCUCGGAGUCGGGGCCGAGCGGCUGGACCCGGUUGAAGGGUUCCUGAUGCAGUGCCACUACCACCCGCCGUGUCCUGAGCCGGAACGGGUGCUGGGCAGCCGUGAGCACACCGACGGAGGUUUGUUCACGGUGCUCUCACAGGACGGGGUCGGCGGGCUGCAGGUGCGGCUCGACGGCGACGAGUGGGUGGACGUGGCGCCCGUGGCCGGUACAAUUCUUGUCAACAUCGGGGACGUUCUAAAGGUGGUUUCGAAUGAUGAAUGCAGAAGCGUGGAGCACAGGGUGGUGAUCAAGUCCGCACAAGAGCCAAGGGUCUCCAUUGCCCUCUUCUUCAACCCUGCCAAGCAUGGCGAGACCGAUUUCGUCUUCGGCCCUCUCCCGGAGCUGGUGACAGAAGAAAAGCCUGCACGGUACCGGAGUUUAUCCUGGCAGGAGAUGCUGGAUAACAGGAACGCAUUGGGGCAUGCUAAGCCAUCGACACUUGAUCAAUUUAGGGUCACUUCUUUGAAUUGAUGAUUGUGGAGGAUAUUGUCGAUGAUUUGAUUCAGCUCUCAUGUACACGUUU